AUGCCCCCUGUGCCUUCUGUCACUCGCACACCCGCAGAUUCGACCGAUGCAGAAGAGGUGAACAUAAAUACAGCUACAGAUCCUAUUCAGUCGACACCGGCAUCAAGCCAGCCGCGUCGGAGUUUGCCGAACAUUUUUGGCGGCGCGUUCGGACGUAGCAGCGCGGAUGCACGCAAAGCACAGUCACCUUCACGACGGACGUCAGAGCCCCCAAACAAUCCAUCACCUGCUGCAUCGUCAAUUCCUCUUGGCCACGAAGGCAAUCUGUCAGACGAACAAAAAAAGAUCCUUGACUCUUUCACGAACGAGCUCGUGGCAGCGAAGGUUAUAUCCAUCGAGAAUGCGCCGCCGUAUCAGACAACGCAGCUCUUGCGCUUCUUGCGCGCCCGCAACUUUGACUUGAAGGCAUCCAAGGAAAUGUAUCUGCGUGCAGAAGACUGGAAGAAGAGUGUCGAUCUUGACCGUCUGUAUGAAGAAUUCGAGUUCACGGAACGCGCGGCCGUGUCGGAAUAUGGCUGGCGCAUGUAUUUCCACAAAACUGACUUACAAGGUCGUCCGAUCUUUAUUCAGGACUUGUCAGGCUUAGAUACAGAAAAGGUAUUUUCAGUGACGACAGCCGAACGUAUUGUACAGAACUUUGCUGUGACACUCGAACAUGCUGUGCGGCACCGUUAUUUGGCUUGUACAAAUGUGAAAGGUGAGACCGUCGAUGAUAACUUGAUGGUUUUAAACGUGCAAGGUCUAGGACUCAGUACAUUUUGGACCAUGAAAAACAAGCUACAAGAGUUGUUGUCAAUUCUUGAUAACAACUUCCCUGAACUAUCUGGACGUGUGCAAAUCAUCAAUGCACCACUGCUUUUUAGUACGGUCUGGAGUUGCAUCAAAGGAUGGCUACCCACACAGACAGCCGAGAAAAUUGACAUUAGUGGAAGUGAUUAUAUGCCGACCAUCAGUGCUUUGGUCAACAUGGAGAAUUGGCCUAAACAUUUGGGUGGCAAGUGUACAUGUGGAGCAAAAGAAUCUCGUCCUUCGUGCGAGACAAGCGACAAUGGUCCAUGGCCCAAGCAAAAAGGGUUUUGA